CCCAGGGCUCGCCGUGGGCGACCCCAGAACAGCACCCGGCGCCUCGGUGGGCGGGCGGCGGUAGCGCCCCCUCUCAGAGCCCCGUUUGCUCCUGCCCGGGCUCCCUCGGAGUCGGUCUGUCUGUCGGCCCUCCCUCCCCCUUCGCUGUUCCUCCCCCGUCGUGUUCCUCCCGGGGUGCCGGGCACAGCCUCGGAUUCCUCCCUCCCCACAGCUCGAGUCAGUUUCCCUCGCGGCGGCUGCCGAGGCGGCGGCAACGGCGGCGGCGCGGGAACCAUCUCUGCGGCCACCGCGCUUCUCCGGCUGGAGCGGGCGUCCAGCUUGGCUGCCCCUCGGCCCUUCCCUGCCGCGCCUCGAGGCACCGUGUGGCCACCACCCCUGCUCUCUUCUCUCCCAAGCGGGCGGGGCGCCUGGUAGGAUCCCACCGGCCCUCCACCCGGAUCCCGGGGCUAGCGCUCUCGGGAGCAGGGCGCUCUGAGGACUCCUGCCCCGCCGACCCCUGACCGCCAGGGGGUGCCCCACGGGCGCAGCGCCGCCGAGAGGAGAAGGCAAGAGGGACCAUGCGGCGUCUGACUCGCCGCCUGGUGCUGCCGAUCUUCGGGGUUCUCUGGAUCACCGUGCUGCUGUUCUUCUGGGUAACCAAGAAGAAGUUGGAGGUGCCGGCGGGACCUGAAGUGCAGACCCCCAAGAUUCCGGAUGCUGACUGGGAUGACCUAUGGGACCAGUUUGAUGAGCGGCGGUACCUGAAUGCCAAGAAGUGGCGCGUUGGUGAUGACCCCUAUAAGCUGUAUGCUUUCAACCAGCGGGAGAGCGAGCGGAUUGCCAGCAGCCGGGUGGUCCCAGACACUCGCCUUUUCAGAUGCACCCUGCUGGGGUACUGCACGGACCUCCCUCCCACCAGCAUCAUCAUCACCUUCCACAACGAGGCCCGCUCCACCCUGCUCAGAACCAUCCGCAGCAUAUUAAACCGCACCCCUAUGAAUCUCCUCAAGGAAAUCAUAUUAGUCGAUGACUUCAGCAAUGACCCCGAGGACUGCAGACAGCUCCUCAAGCUACCCAAGGUGAAAUGCUUACGCAAUAACGAGCGUCAAGGUCUGGUGCGGUCCCGGAUCCGGGGUGCCGAUGUUGCCCAGGGCACCACCCUGACUUUUCUCGACAGCCACUGUGAGGUGAACAGGGACUGGCUCCAGCCCCUGCUGCACAGGGUCAAAGAGGUGAGCGAGGACUACACGCGGGUGGUGUGCCCCGUGAUCGAUAUCAUCCACCUGGACACCUUCAACUACAUCGAGUCGGCCACGGAACUUAGAGGGGGGUUUGACUGGAGCCUCCACUUCCAGUGGGAGCAGCUCACACCAGAGCAGAAGGCUCGGCGCCUGGACCCCACUGAGCCCAUUAGGACUCCAAUCAUAGCUGGAGGGCUCUUCGUGAUGGACAAAUCCUGGUUCGACUACCUGGGGAAGUAUGACAUGGACAUGGACAUCUGGGGCGGGGAGAACUUCGAAAUCUCCUUCAGGGUGUGGAUGUGCGGGGGCAGCCUAGAGAUCGUCCCCUGCAGCCGAGUGGGCCACGUCUUCCGGAAGAAGCACCCGUAUGUUUUCCCAGAUGGAAAUGCCAACACAUAUAUAAAGAACACCAAGCGGACAGCUGAGGUGUGGAUGGAUGAAUACAAGCAGUACUAUUAUGCUUCCCGGCCGUUCGCCCUGGAGAGACCCUUUGGAAAUAUUGAGAGCAGAUUGAACCUGAGGAAGAACCUGCGGUGCCGGAGCUUCAAGUGGUACCUGGAGAACGUCUAUCCGGAACUCAGAGUACCCAAGGACUCCUCCAUCCAGAAGGGCAGCAUCCGACAGAGGCAGAAGUGCCUAGAGUCUCAAAAGCAGAAAGACCAAGAGAUCUCCAACCUCAAGUUAAGCCCCUGUGUCAAGACUGAAGACAAGGAUGCAAAGUCCCAGAUCUGGGCCUUCACAUACACCCAGCAGAUCCUCCAGGAGGAGCUGUGCCUGUCAGUCAUCACCUUGUUCCCUGGCGCCCCGGUGGUUCUUGUCCUUUGCAAGAAUGGAGAUGACAGACAGCAAUGGACCAAGACUGGUUCCCGCAUCGAGCAUGUGGCAUCCCACCUCUGCCUAGACACAGACAUGUUUGGCGAUGGCACUGAGAACGGCAGGGAGAUCGUUGUCAAUCCGUGUGAGUCCUCACUUAUGAGCCAGCACUGGGACCUGGUGAGCUCUUGAAGAUCCGUGUCGGAACCGGCGGGGGCCGUGGGGUGGUGCUUCCCCGGAUGAGAAUCGGACUGGAAACCAGGCUGCAGGCAGCCCCGAACUACUGCAGAAGCCCUGAAUGGGGAGGCGAAGGCAGAGCCCCCCCCCCAGGACAGGAAUGGCUGUCAGGGAGGAUGCAGGAAGAGACUGCAAGCCAAGAGCAACUCAGAGACAGAUCCCCGUGUUCUCAAGGCCUUUAAGUUCCAGUCCUGGCUGGGUCUGCCCCUGCACGGUACCUGGAGGCAGAGAUCCGAUGGGAAGUGUUGAUGUGGUUCCCUGUCUUAACGAAAGAGGCCAGAGAGAGCAGCCUUCGUCGUCACUAGGCCAGGACUCGACUGAGAGACGAAGGGCGGAGGUGCUUUUCAAAACAAAUAAAGGA